UCCAUGCCCCACAAUAUCCCAACUGCGGUAUCUUCGGUUCUAGCACUCUCCUCAACUGGCUGAGCACGUAUGUCUUCCCGAUGGAGGCAUCUUUUGGCGGCUCCCAGUCCAGUGCUCCUCCACGGGCAUAUAUGGUCUACAAUCAAGUCGUCUCGCGAACACUCGCGCAUGGCACGACCUUUGCCUCCUACUACGGGACCAUCCACGUGCCAGCCACUAAUUUACUUGCGACAGUUUGCCAAAAGCGCGGCCAGCGGGCCCUUAUCGGUCGCGUGUGUAUGGAUAGGAAGGAGAAAUGCCCAGACUACUAUCGAGAUUGCUCCGCGGAGGAAUCUGUCAAGCUGACGCGAGACGUGAUCGCCCAUAUUCGGUCCAUCGACCCGCACGGAAUAUUGGUGAAAGCAGUCGUCACCCCGCGCUUCGCACUAUCCUGCACUGAGAAGGCAUUGACCAACCUAAGCAGGCUAGCCAACGACUCAAGUCCAAACCUCUUCAUUCAGACUCACAUCGCAGAAAAUAAACAGGAAGUUAAGGACGUCGAGUCCAUGUAUAAAAUGAAGUAUGCAAGAGUCUACGACAAAUUUGGCCUCCUCACACCGCGGACGAUUCUGGCUCAUGGUGUCCAUUUGAGCUCAUCCGAACACAAACUCAUACAUGAGAGAGGGGCGAAAAUCGCCCACUGCCCCACUUCGAACUCAGCCCUGACAUCGGGGAUUUGCCCAGUCCGCAAGGUCCUUGACAGCGGAAUCACAGUCGGGUUAGGGACUGACGUUAGUGGUGGAUACAGUCCCAGUAUCUUGGAAGUAGUUCGACAAGCCUGUCUAGUGUCCCGGUUACUUCCUGCCGAGGAAUGCAGAGACAAUUGCGACCGCUGCCAAUGUGAGCGUAGCAACGAUGAGCCUUCCGAAAGCAGUAGCGGGGAGAAUACUCCUGCUGAGUCUAGCGCGGAUCAGUGUGAAGAUCGCAGGUCGAGGAAAUGCUAUAAUCCGGUCCUCAGCGUGGAAGAGGCCUUAUAUCUUGCUACACGCGGCGGUGCAGCUGCUGUGAAUAUGGCAAAUGAGCUAGGGGGUUUUGACAUUGGAAUGUCAUGGGAUGCACAACUCAUCCAGCUUGGCGCUUUUUCCCCCGCGGGCAAGUAUGCCAAUGGAAAGGGCCACAUUGAUAUAUUUGGGUGGGAGAAGUGGGAGGAGAAGAUUCACAAGUGGGUGUGGAAUGGGGAUGAUCGGAACGUGAAGGGCGUCUGGGUGGCCGGAAAGAUGGUGUUUGGCAAUCGGCAUGCUGAGUGUAAGUGAUAACAGAGUCCGGGAGCUUGACUUGGGGAUACUUGGGCGGGAUAUUCUAAUCUGGAUAAAACUGUCGCCAUCUGUUAGAAUGGCGGUGGUUGCAAUUUCCAUGUCUCCGUCCGCACGUCGUUCUAGCCAGUUGGCACCCUUUCCACCUGACGACCCGGUCCGCUCCGGGCGAAUCAAAUGAAGGAUCUUGUUCGUCAUUUCAGGACAUUUGGGGUUAUAUGGUGCAGAUUGAGGGGAGGGGCUUCGGGAUUAUUAAAUAAACAGCCUAAUUCGUGAACUAGUC